CACACAUAACCCCAAAACAGGGACCAGGAUGCUGUGGGGGCAUCUCUGCGCGUGUCCUAACCUGGCUUACUUCCCCUUGUGCUGCUCAGGUUUUCUAUUUAAUUUUCUGGUCCCCACUUUGUCUGCCAAACGUGAGUCUCCCUCAUUUCCAUCCCAGCCGUGAGCCUGUCCAGCCUGGGUUAGUUAUUAUAGGAGCUCCCUGCGUCGCAUGGUUUCCCCAGGUGGAAUUAUCUAGCCCUGGCCUUACCUUUUAAUAUGAGAGCGACCAAACAAAGCCUGAUUAUGUGCUGGCCUCUGUAUUAAAUGGCGAUUGAAAGACCUGUUCUGCAAUGGUAAAACUUUCCAUGGUCUUCUGGCUGGCGGUUGCCUUACUCGACUACAGUUCCCACAUGUGUUUGAGGCUGGUAAGGGUAAAGGGUAGUGUAAUGGCUACAGUUGUCGUGGCUCUGGAUAACAGCGAUGGGUAAUGACUCAAAAGUAAAUAGUAAAAAACUCAUAAAAUGAUACUCCUUCCCCAAAACGAUGCAAAAUCCUAAAGGCAGCUGCUGUAGGGAAAUACUUUAAGCAUAAAAAAAUGGGAUCAAAACAGACAAAGAAAAUGCAUUUACAUCACAGUAAUCUGGCAGGGAUACUGUCCCCUGUCAUGCAAAUCACAGCAAGAAAAAUCACGUGACGAGUUCUAGCCAAUAAAACUAAAGUUUCAGCAAGGGCAGAUUUUGGUUUCUCUGUAUUGUGUAGCACCCAUAUUAAAACAUCUCCACUCUCUCUCUCUCUCUCCCUCUCUCCCUCACAGAGCACCAGGCAGACUCCACCAUAGAAGAGCUAGACGCGGCUCCGUCCAAUCAGCCGAUGCAGAGCGACAAGUGGGAGGAGCCAUUCCAAACCCAGGAGGACGGGCUCGGAGACGGGGACUCCUUCGGACCUCCCAUCAACGCAGCAGACAAGAGCAGCGAUUGGCCGACUCCCGAAGCGCCAAUCAUCAUCAGCCCGCCCCAGACCCAUAAGCCUGACGUGUACGACCUGGAGUGGAGGGCGGGGCGGGAUGGCGGCAGUCCGAUUAACGCCUACUUCGUCAAAUACCGCAAGGUGGAUGAGCUGGGUACGGUGGUGGGCAGCUGGUACACAGUUCGCGUGCCGGGCAGUGAGAAGACGCUGCGUCUGUCAGAGCUGGAGGCGUCCAGUCUGUACGAGGUGCUGAUGGUGGCCCGCAGCACCGCCGGGGAAGGCCAGCCCGCCAUGCUCACCUUCCGCACCGGGAAAGAAAAGACCACCUCGUCCAAUCGGAACCCUUCAAAGGCCCCUGUCGUGUCGGCCCCUCCAAAAGUCCCCGUGGAGAAGACCCCAAACACACACUUCGGGGUGGUCAUACAUGACCGAGUGCCCGAGGCGCCCGACCGUCCCACCAUCUCCAUGGCGACGGAGAGUUCCGUCUACGUCACGUGGAUACCUCGAGCCAACGGGGGCUCCCCGAUCACGGCGUUCCGCGUGGAGUUCCGGCGCGGCCGCACUGCGGCGUGGAACGUGGCGGCCGACAACAUCUCCCCGCUCAAGCUGUCGGUGGAGGUCCGCACCCUGGAGCCAGGCACCAGCUUCAAGUUCCGCGUGGUGGCGUUGAACAUGUACGGCGAGAGCCCCCCCAGCGUGCCCUCCAAGUCCUACCAGGUGUCCCCCGCCAGCCCCCCCUACUCGGACCGCCCCGUCGCCGGCCCCCACAUCUCGUCCACCGACGCCAUCAGCGCCACCCAGAUCCUGCUGCGCUGGACCGUGAGUACCUACACCCCGUCCAGCAACAACAACACGCCCAUCCAGGGCUUCUACAUCUACUACCGGCCCACCGACAGCGACAACGACAGUGACUACAAGAGAGACGUGGUGGAAGGUGUGAAUCACUGGCACAUGAUUGGCCAGCUGCAGCCGGAGACGUCCUAUGACAUCAAGAUGCAGUGUUACAACGACGGCGGGGAGAGCGAGUACAGCAACGUCAUGAUCUGUGAGACCAAUGCCCGUCUGUCUCCGGGCGGCCCCAGCCAGCACCCCAUCACCCCUCCCGGCCACCCCCUCCCGGACCCCCCCAGCUCCCCGGGGGGUCUGCUCUACCUCAUCGUGGGCUGUGUCCUAGGGGUCAUGGUGCUCAUCCUCCUGGUCUUCAUCGCCAUGUGUCUGUGGAGGAACCGCCAGCAGAACGCCAUGCACAAAUACGACCAACCCGGUUACCUGUAUCAGCCCGCCGACAUGAACGGCCACGUGCUGGAGUACACGGCUCUACCUGGGGGUGUGCACGGUGGGGGCGUGCACGGCGGGGGCGUGCACGGCGGCGGCUACACGCACGGGGCGCCCAUGCUGGCCCAGGGCUGCCAUCACCUCCACCACAAGCUCCCCGGGGCCGGCCUGGGGCUCUUGAACGGCUCGGGGGGGCUCUACUCAUCCCAGGGCCACCCACAGGACGGACCCCCACCCAGCAGCGGGAGCAGCAGCAGCCCGGCCCCCGGGGACCGAGAGCACGGCCACGCCCCCCCCCACCACCACCACCACCACCAUAACGGCGGGGGGAUGUACACAGCCCUCCCCCAGACGGACUCCACCGACUGCAUGAGCUGUCAGAACCUCUGCAACAACAACAGGUGUUACACCAAAACCAACGGGACCUUCUCCUCCAGCACCUUGCCCCUGAUGCACCGCGCCGGGCCCUGCCCCCAGCAGGAGGGCCUGGAGAUGGUGCCGCUGGGCCAGGUGUCCGGGACGACCGGCGCCCCCGACACCCAGCCGGGCCCCGAGGACCGCGAGGGGGGGGCCACGUCGGACCAGGACCCCGACGAGGACUCUGGGACCUCCCAGGAUUCCCUCUGUCUAGAGGUGGGGGUCAACGAGAAGCACUGCCCCCCACUCGUUGACACUGCUGAGGAGGAGCUGGACAUGGACAGCCCCGUGGUCCGCUGGGACUCCCUGGGGGACCUGGACUGCGACGAGAAGCCCGGCUGGAUCUCCAACAACACCACGGCCACAGAGCUCAUCCAGCAGGUCUGAUCCCAGUCGGCCUCUUCAGGACCUUGAGAUACAGACCUGUUCCAAAGGACCCUUGAGAUCCAAACCGGACCUCUGUAGGACCCUUGAGAUCCAAACCGGACCUCUGUAGGACCCUUGAGAUCCAAAACCGGACCUCUGUAGGACCCUUGAGAUCCAAACCGGACCUCUGUAGGACCCUUGAGAUCCAAAACCGGACCUCUGUAGGACCCUUGAGAUCCAAAACCGUUCUGUUGGACUUUGAGAUCCAAACCGUUCUGAAGGACUUUGAGAUCAGAAUUGUUCUGAAGGACUUUGAGAUCAGAACCGUUCUGAAGGACUUUGAGAUCAGAAUCGUUCUGAAGGACUUUGAGAUCCCAACCCGGUCUCUGUAGGACUUUUCAGAUCCAAACCCGUUCUGUUGGAUGUUGAGAUCCAUACCCGUUCUGUAGGCCUUUGAGAUCCAAACCCGCCCUGUAGAACCUUGAGUUCCAAACCGUUCUAUAGAACCUUGAGAUCCAAACCGUUCUAUAGAACCUUGAGAUCCAAACCCGUUCUGUAGAACCUUGAGAUCCAAGCCCGUUCUGUAGAACCUUGAGAUCCAAACCUGUUCUGUGGAACCUUGAAUUCCAAACCCGUUCUGUAGAACCUUGAGAUCCAAACCUGUUCUGUAGAACCUUGAGAUCCAAGCCCGUUCUGUAGAACCUUGAGUUACAAACCCGUUCUGUAGAACCUUGAGUUCCAAACCCGUUCUAUAGAACCUUGAGAUCCAAACCUGUUCUGUAGAACCGUGAGAUCCAAACCCGUUCUGUGUCUGACGUCGAGAUCCGAGCCUGCGCUGCGGGAGUACGUGUGCUCCCAGCCCAGGCCAGCGGACCGCCACACCCAACAGAGACACAGGCUCCCCCUGCCUCCACCGCCACUGCGGAGAGACAAGAUGGCAGACGUCUCCCGGAGCCCAGAAUAAGACUUGUGGGGAGACGCGUUGGCCCAGCGCUGGCCCUGCUCAGAGACACUGUGCUUCAGUGACAGGCCGUGGGGCCUGACACUGAACCCUCCCUCUCCUCCCCCCUGCUCCUCUCUCUCCCGCUCUCCCGCUCUCCCGCUUCGGACUGAGAUGUCGGAGAAUGACAGGGGAGAACAAAACGGAAAGAGACUCAGCGUGACAAAGUGAGCUUGACGGAGACGAAAACCAGACUGGGAGAUAAAAAAGCGAUCCGCAGAACGUUUUAAAGAAUAGAUGUGCGUCGCUCCGAAGGCGACGAUUUUAUUUCCACGCGGAGGGAAAGAUGUUCUUCAAAGACUGUUAAAAAAACAAACUCUUUAGAUGGCCUAUUUAUUUUUUUCUAGUAGUAAACUAUUAUUUCAUAUGAAUGUAUCUAAAAACUGUUUUGUCUUUUAUAUUAUUUAUGCCUUUCCCGGGAUGAGAAAUGUGUCUUGAUGUUAUGCCCUUGUGUUCUUUCGGCGCCCAACGUGUUAAGGAUGGAAGUGGUUAGCGAUCUUACGUGUACAAAGUUUUGUAAUAAUAUAAAGAGAAGUUAUGGAAGAGUAAACCAGAUUGGCGUGUUUUUCUCUCUUCUAUUGUCUAUCAUCAACUUGACUCAGAUCAAGGGCUGAAUUUGAGUUAUGUGAUCCACAGUUUAAUGUUUUUCGUCUUAUGUUUGAUGAAGUUACAGCCGUGAUUUCGCAACGGACAAAAGUGCUUGAUACUUCACCUUGUACAC